AUGGACGACCCAGAGCGCUGGUUUGACGCUAUUGUGUCGCGUGACUACCACACAGUCCAGGAAGGCAUCUCCUUGUUUGCUGGGACCCAGAAUGCAGACGGGCUUACGGGUCUGAUGCUCGCAGUACAAAACGAUGAUCCGAAAAUGGUCAGACUAUUAGUUGAGCAAGAAGCAAAGCUUACAAACAAUGAUGGGGACAAUGCGCUCAUGCUGGCCGCUAAGCUGGAUGUAUCGUCGUGCAUUCCAAUUCUCCUCCCCUAUCUUUCAGAUUGCCGAAGAGAUGACUCCGUGACUCCUCUAAUGGUUGCAGCAGAAGCAGGAAGUAUACACGCGCUCCGUGUUCUAUUCUUCCAUUACGGGAACGAGUCUGAUAACAUGGGACUAACUGCGUUGGACUAUGCGUCGAGGGCCGGACAUCAUGAGUGUGUGGAGAGUCUACUGCAUGAGUGUCCCUUUGACACAUCAGCACGAAUGGCAGCUGCAGAAAAUGCUCAAGCAAAUGGACAUGACAGCCUUGCUCUUUACAUAAUGAACAUCACUGACAAGAAGGAUUCUGAUGCGUCAGCCAUUGAAGCUCUUGCUGCUGACAAGGAUGCUGAAAUCGAGAGACUUCAGGCUCUUUUGCAGGAGCUUGAGGGCCGUAACUCUGAGCUAGUUGUGAACCUCUCCAGCGCCCGAGAUGAAGUAGUGGAGUUAAAGGAACAAAGGGACACACUCACUGGUCAGGAAGAGUGCUUGCGUAGAGAGGUGCAAGAGCUAACAGAUAAGCUGAGUGAUGCAACUCACCAAGUGGCAGAGCUGUUGGAGAAGAAUGGUCAGCAGAACUCCAUUGAUGAUCUUUCUGCUCAACUAGCAGAGCAAUCUGCAAUUCAAGAGAAGCUUCAGGCAGAGGUGAAUGAUCUGAGGGCAGAAAAUGACCAACUGUUAUGUACUUUGAAGAAUACCGAGAACACUUUAGUAGACACAGAAAACAGGCUUGCAAACAAAACAUUAGAGCAUGGGGAGAAGAGUGCAGAGCUGGACGCUAAGCAGAUUGAAAUAGUAGCGCUCCAGGAAGCUCUUAGAGAUGCCAAGGACAAGUGCAAUGUCUUAGAACAAAAACUAGAGGAGACAGAGCAAUCACUCAAGAAAGAAAAUAUGUUCAAGGCAAUUGCAGACAUAGAGUCAGCAAUUGGUAACAACGCUACACAGAAUGAGUCUAAUGAGGCAGAACUAAGUGACCUUAGACAGGAGCGUGAUGAGCUGCAAAUGCAGGUAGAGACACAAGAAACUCAGCUGAAGCUGUUGAAAGGAAAGCUAGAUCGUCUAACGGCGAAAAACGAAAGCCUUGAACAGAAAUAUCAGUCGCUUAAUCUUGAGUUUAGGCUCCAAUCCGAGCAGCUCAGUGAAACCAAGGAUCUUCUUCGCAUAACAGAGAAGAAGCUUCAUAGUGCUACGUCUGCACAACCGCGUCCAGGGAGCACAAAAGAUGAAGGCAAUCAUACAGAAUCGCACCAUUGUGCUACACUUGAAAAUGUGCGCACUGAGACUCCUGAUGCAGAGGCUGCAGUGCACAAGAGUUUUGGUAGCCACGGAGGCACUGAUUCGAUGUUGGUGAAGAGCGGUCUUAUCGAUAUGAAUGUGCCCCCGGCACGUAGCGUGGGGAUUGAUUUGGAGAAAGAAACAGAUACUGCAGAGAACCGACAACAGCACAUCAAUGAACUAAAGAUUGUGGAAGACUGUCUACAACGCACCAUUGACGAAAAGAAACAAAUACUCGCGGCACUCGAUAGUAGCCUUGCUCACUCAAAGUCGCAAGAGUCGGCUCUCAAAAAGCAGAAGAAGCAGCUUGAUAAUGUCGUGAACCGCCUGGAAACCCUAGAAAAGGAGAACGAGAAGAUGAAGAAGGCUGCGAAGGCGCAGCCUUCAGCCAUUAGCCGGAAUGUUCGGUCUGUCUCAGCCGCAGCCAAGGUCGUUGCUGCAAUUGCUAGAAUAACUGAGGAAGAAACCUUCAACCAUGACAUCGUGGUCAAGGCCUUGGUGGACACCACAACAAAGCUCGAGGAGCAGAUAGACGAACUAGCUGAGGAAAACGAAAAGCUCAAACACGAGCUGACCAAUGCUAUCGGCGGAGAGCUGCAGAUGGUUGAGGACAAAAAGGGUUCCGCGGCUAAUGCUAGUAGGAAUUCUGUGCGCUCGUCAUCGAAAUCGCGUUCUCGAUCCAGUGCCUCUUCUUCCAAGCAUGUGUCUUCUUCGCAUAAAUCCUCGCAAAAGACCUCCAAGGUUUCGGCUUCGCACCACAUAGAGUUUUAUGACACAGACAACCACGUUGCUCCAAAGCUGGAGGAGAGAUCUAAGGGAGCACUUAAGAUGACGUUCGGACUAUCGGGCGAACAAGCUAGCGCGUUACUAGAGGCACGAUUGGCUACAUACACUCCUCUUAUGAGAGCCAUUAUGAAAGGCAAGGCAUCAGACAUCGAAGCUAACCUGGAGUAUGCCGGACAAGUUGCCCCAGAUGGCAAGACGGCACUUAUGCUUGCGGCUGAAUACAAUAGAGUGAGCUCCGUGCCUCUUCUGUUGGAAAAAGAAGCUGGGAUAAAGGAUUCAUCAGGGCAAAUGGCAAUCCACAUUGCCCUUCACCGAGGACACUACGAAGUUGCAGAGAAGCUGCGCAAGGCUGAGGGCCUUGAAGUAGAACCCAUCGAGCGCGUGAACGGAACAAGGACACAGCUCAUGUCUGCGGCCGAGAACAAUGAUGUUUACGCAGUGUGGUCUCUUAUACCAACGCAGGGCGCGCUGCAGGAUGCCGAGGGGAUUACCGCUCUUAUGCUGGCUGCAGGCGCAGGCCAUAAACAGAUAGUUGCUCUGCUGAUAGGAAGUGAGGCUAAGAUUCAGACUGCAUGGGGCACAACAGCCCUCAUGUGGGCUUGCCAGUUUGGCCACAUAGACUGCGUUCGUAUGCUUAUCCCUAAGGAGAUUCGGCUUCGCGACAGAAGGGGCAGAUCCGCUCUUCAUUAUGCCACAGAAGCCGCUAGACAUGCCAAUGCAGAGAUUAAGAAGUCAAUCGAGGCCCUGCUUCGCCAGCACAUUGGAUGA